GGCUUAAAAAAAGAAAAAAGAAAAAGAACUAUUGGGCAAUACCCCCCCUAAUGAAACCCGAAGGUCAGAUUCUGAAUGGACCCGUCAGCUUCAAUCCAGGAACAUGAAAACGACGACGUUUUCUCCGAUGCUCUUGACUCCUGCCUCACUUUCAACGCCACCGCCGAGGACCUACCGGAAUCCACCGUUUCGGAUCCUCAACCCGUUUUAUCCGAACCUGGAGAUUCGCUACCCACUCCACCGUCUCCGGCGUCCAUAAUCCGGCGCCGGCCGAUCCGUCGCGGAAUACCGGGUAAGGAAUCGUCAGAUUCCGGUAUCGAAUCUUCCAUCAGUUCCGAUAGAGAUUUGAUCAAUGGCGCGAGAAGGAGCUUCCGACAUCGAUCAAGGUAUAGAAAUCUCAAGGAAGAUGAGAAUUUGGGUGCGAAACCCGAUUCGGAUGAAGCACAACAAGUUAGCACCUCGCUAGCUCCAAUUGCUGUGACGGAGGAGAACAAUGAUGAAUCGACACUAACUACUGCUGCGAAUGAUGAUGCAGCUGUCGAUUCCGCUGACUCGGCGCCUCGACUCAGUGACUCGUCUUCGAAUUUUCUUGAAUUCAUAGCGGGGUUGGUGAUUAAGGCGUUAGGGUUUCAGAUCCAUUUAAUCUAUAUGUUUGUGACUUAUCCGUUGUUGUUCAUAUUUCACUGUUGCAUGUUUUGCAUCGACCCUUUUGGGACAGCGAGGAGGGGCAAGGAUUUUUUGAUAGGGAUUUUGUGCAGAGUGCAUGGUGUUGUGUUUGUGUGCAUUAGCCCAUUUACUAAUAGAUUGUUUAAGGAAAACGAGUCAAUUUGGAGCGUGGCAUUUCGAUUUGGAUGGGGCUUCUUGUGGUCAAUCUAUGUUUGUUGCAUUUUGUUUGGUCUCCUGGUUUCAUCGUUUGUGUUUAGUGGAUUUUUGAUGAAGUGCUUAGUGGAGAAGCCAAUUCAGAUAAGGGAGGUUUUGAAUUUUGAUUACACCAAGCACAGUCCCGUGGCAUAUGUGCCCAUAAUAUCAUGUGCUGGUGUUGAUGUUGGGAAAAAUUCUGAAAGUAACGUUGAUGUUAGGAAGUGGAUGGGUGAACGGGUUAUACCUUCUAAACGCAAAGUGCAAGUCACUGUUUCAUUAAGAGUGCCAGACUCAGGAUACAACAGAAAUCUUGGGGUCUUUCAGGCCAGGGUAGAUUUCCUAUUGUCUAAUGGCAAAACUAUUGCAAGCUUAAGUCAACCUUGCAUGUUAAGAUUCACAAGUGAGCCUAUCCGCCUAAUCAUGACUUUCCUCAAGAUUGCUCCUCUUGUUACUGGCUAUAUAUCCGAAUCCCAGACUCUGAAUGUCAAGAUGAGAGGUUUCGUUGAAGGGAAUGUACCUACUUCGUGCUUGAAAGUCACACUUGAGCAACGAGCAGAAUACCAACCUGGUGCUGGCAUUCCUGAAAUAUAUGAUGCAUCUCUGGUUAUUGAGUCCGAACUUCCCUUUUUCAAGAGGAUUAUUUGGCUUUGGAAGAUGACCAUAUUUAUAUGGACCACGAUGAUGGCAUUCGUCACGGAGUUAUUUUUUGUUCUAUUAUGUUGUAGGCCUCUAAUAAUUCCGAGAACAAGGCAAAGAGUGACUUCUGCUCGCGGUCCUGCAACGUAAAACAAUCUUCAGGCGCAAAGUUUGAUAGUAUUCAUUUCCCAGGCUUUAUUACAACGAUGGAAGUAAGGUUUUUGUUUAACAGUUUAACCUAUAGCAUGUUCCGACAUGUGAUCUAUGUUUAGUGAGGCAUCCUAGUUAAAUUACCCUUACAAUCACAAUGUACAUGUUUAAUAGCACGUCAGGUAUAAUGUAAUUUAUAUAAUGUAGCUAACCUUUUGCUGUUGUAAUGACGAAAAUAUACAUUGAUUUGGAUGUAAUGAUUAAUAAUA